CGAGAGUGGAGAUCAAUGGCGGAAAGCGAGAGCUCGAAUCAAACCCUAAAGAGCGAGAAGCCGAAGCCUCUACGAUGCAUUGUCAAACUAGGUGGCGCUGCGAUCACUUGCAAGAACGAGCUGGAGACGAUCAAUGGGACGAAUCUCAGGUUGUUUUGUCAGCAGCUGAGAGAAGCCAUGGCGAGGAGCUCCGUGGCCAAAGUAUUUGGAAUGGAUUGGAGCCGGGUAUCUGGAGAUCAGAUAGUUAUAGACGACGUUGAAGAGCCGGCAUUUGAUCUUGAUACCAAUUUCAUCGUUGUUCAUGGAGCUGGAUCUUUCGGGCAUUUUCAGGCGAGUAGAUCGGGGGUUCACAAAGGAGGGUUGCAGAGACCUCUCGUGAAGGCUGGGUUCGUGGCAACUCGAAUAUCGGUGACAACUCUCAACCUUGAAAUUGUUAGAGCUCUUGCCAGAGAAGGGGUACCAUCUGUUGGAGUGUCACCAUUUGCUAGUGGAUGGACAACAAGAAGAAGAAAUAUUGCUUCUGCUGAUGCUUCACAUAUUGGUGAGGCUCUCCAUGCUGGUCUUGUCCCGGUUUUGCAUGGUGAUGCGGUCCUGGAUAACUUGCAGGAAUGUACAAUAUUGAGUGGUGAUGUGAUUAUCCGUCAUCUUGCACAGUUAUUACUGCCCGAGUAUGUUGUAUUCCUUACAGAUGUUCUAGGAGUCUAUGACCGUCCACCGACUGAUACAAAUGCUAUACUACUCAAAGAGAUAGCUGUUGAUGAAGAUGGAAACUGGUCCAUAAUCAAACCCUUGUUGGGGCACCUGAAAAAAGAAGUUGAGAUAACAGUAGCAGCUCAUGACACAACAGGAGGGAUGGAAACAAAAAUAGCAGAAGCUGCAGCAAUAGCAAAGCUUGGUAUUGAUGUCUACAUCACAAAGGCAGGUACAGUACACUCUCUACGAGCUCUCAAGGGAGAAGUGGGUAAUAGUAGUGUUCCUGAUGAUUGGCUUGGAACUGCUAUACGGUCUGCCAAACAGGUUCGCCCUCUUUGAUUAUAAAAACUACCUUUCUCUUCCAAGUGGUAUUCUGAAAUUAAAAUAAAAUUGUACCAAGUGCUAUGGAUCACUUAAAAAAAAAUAUUAAUUAAUUAAUUAAUGCUUAAAUUUAUUAUUAUUUUUUCCCUUGUGAACCUAACCAAGCCACCAAAUAUUCUUUGUAAAAUUUUAUUUGUAUGGACGAGCAAUUUUGA